AUGUCGACCGCUGCUAUUCGCCUAGUCACCGUUCUGAUAACAGUUCCCACAAAAGACGUUGGCUUGCAAAUCAGUAGGUCAAUUGUAACGCAAAAACUCGCCGCGUGCGUAAACAUUAUCCCAUCGGUGACCUCCGUAUAUGUCUGGGAGGGGAAACUCGAGGAAAGCGACGAGCUCAUGAUGGUGGUGAAGACGACUAGCGAGAAAAUCGCGCAACUUCAAGAGAGUGUCACCAAAUUGCACCCAUACGACGUUCCCGAAUUCAUCGUUCUGCCCAUCGAGCACGCCGCCCCCAAAUACGCGUCAUGGAUCGCAACGCAAACCGGUCAAUAA